AUGGCCAGCAAGUCCGUCGUCAACAUGUUCAUCGACGAGACCAGCAGUGAGGUUCUAGAUGAGCUGUACCGCGUCUCAAAAGAGUACACCAAAAACAAAGCUGAGUCUCAGAAGGUCAUCAAGAACCUGAUAAAGAUCGCUGUGAAGAUCGGCGUCCUAUACCGCCACAACCGGUUCAGCCCUGAGGAACUGGUGCUGGCUGAGGACUUUAAGAACAAACUGCAUAACGGAGCAAUGACCGCCAUCAGUUUCUACGAAGUAGACUUUACAUACGAGAAGGACGUGUUACCGGAGAUCCUCAUGGAAUGUAAGAACUUGCUCCUCCGCCUCGUUGACAAACACUUGACUCCCAAAUCCCAUGGCCGCAUCCAACACGUCUUCAACCACUUUGCAAAUAAGGAUAUGCUUGGCCAGCUAUACGACCCGCAGGGGUCUAUGAGGCCCCACUUGCAGAAGAUUUGCCAUGGAAUGAACAAAUUGAUUGAUGAGGGAAAAUUAUGA